AUGACGGCGGUGCGCGCGGACAGGCGUUACGAUCACCACGUGCUGGGCUCGAGCGCGGCGUGGCCGUGCCCGUACGACCCGCGAGCCGUCAUCCACACCCGGUUCCAGAUGACGCGCAACGGCCGCGUGCUGCUCGCGUCCCCGCGUUUCCGUCCCGGCGUCCCGUUCACGUUGGGCUGGUUCCGCGCGGCCACGGCCACCCGGCACGUCGUCGAGCCGGAGGUGCUGCCGUUGCCGCGGGCCCGACACUCGCACCGGGCGUCCGUCGGUGGCGCGGGCUGCGUCCGGUCGCUCGUCAACGUCGUCGACCUGUGCCUGGACAGCACCAAAGACGUUCUGUGGCUGUUGGACGCGGGCGUGGUGAACACGAUGACGGACACGCCGAGACGCGUGGCCGCGGCCAAGAUCGUCCGACUCGAGAUCAACGACGACGGCGACGACGACGACGACGACGACGAUCUAAAGACCCCGUACCAGACGUUCGAGAUCGAAACGGACGCGACGAACGGCCGCGGAGAGUCGGCGGCGGCCAAGUCGUGUCUGCAGUACAUCCUGACGUUCCACUCGCGGCACGCCGCCGGCGGCCACUACGCGUUCGUGGCGGACGCGGGCCACAGCUCGGUGCUGGUGCUGAACACGGGCACGGGCGCCCGCGGGUCCAUCGACUUCCCGGAACGGGCGGUCGGGUCGGGCGCGUCCCGGGACGUGAUGUUCAUGGUGAUACUGCGCAAGAGCAACGGCCGCGCCGGGCUGUACGCCACGUUCCUGUCCGGUUGCCGGAUGUUCGCCGUGGACCUGGAGCACGUGGACCAGUACGCGACCGUCCGGCCGGCCGUCACGGUCGUCGGCCGCAAGCCGUUCCGGAUCGCCGUGCUCGGGUCGGACACCGGGAGCCGGAUGUUCUUCCGGCGGCCCGCCGAGAACGAGAUAUGGACGUGGGACGUCAACUGCCCGUUCCACCUGGUCGGCUUCCGGCUGGUGUCCAAGGGCGCGGACUGCCGGGCCCCCGUGCACGUGGCGCCCGGUUACGACGGGAUCGUGUACGUGUUGCGCAACAACUUCGCCGACUACGUGCGCAACGGUACCGGGUCGCUAGGCGCGUACACGCUCGUGCAGCCCGUGUCCGUUUUACCGCCGUCGAACUGUUCGACGAACACCGCGUCCGUGGCGACGACGGAGACACCGGCUUGGACGCGGAACACCGCGCAGACCGGUGCGAGGACAACGAGAACGACAAGUCGCGCGACACCGACCGUCACGACACCGACCGCGACGACACCGACCGCGACAACGACGACGACGUCGGCAGUCACAACGCCGGGGACGACGUUGACGACCUUCGGUGACGGCGACGACGACAGAGGUUGCCAGUGUAACAACACUUAG